UCUAACAAGCGCCAUAAUUUAUGGAAAAACACAAGAGCAAAGAUCCUAAAGUUCAUAAAAAAUUACGUUUGAAAGCAUGAAAUUCGUUGACUGGUACGAUGUAAAAGCGAAUAGAGCGGAAGCUGGAGAAGAAAGUAUGAAAAACAGACGGAGGCUAGACCAGGGUCGUCAAUCAUGAAAAAUCGCGUGUCGAACGCCUCGCAGCAGUUCGUUGAGCUCUUCUCGCGAGUGGUCUGCUGGCUAUGGGAAACCCUCGACAAGUUAUUGGACAUCUUUCUCGAUUUCCUGGCGAGGCUAAUCGAGCUGACACUAGCGGUGAUGAACCUGAUUUUCCAGGUGAUCUGCUUCCUACGAGAUAUCUGCAUCGACUCGAUGCAAACCUUCGCUAACAUCUUCCGUGGUAUCGUUAACGUCAUUGCUAACAUCACCUGCGACGAAGUCGAGGAUUUCGCCUCUGCUUGCAUCGUCGUCCUCCUCUGGAUUGGGGCCUUCAGGAUCGCCAGGAAUCUGUUCAACCGAAGUUCUAGAGUCAACGUGUUCCGUCUCUUCGGUCAGCAACACGCGGCGAAUAUAAACAAUAACAAUAAGCUAGCAGCUGCGCAACUCGGAUGUGUUUGUCCCACGAGGAAAAGGACAGGGAGAAGGAAUAACCGGCGAAAUGGGAGACGACCUCAGGCCAAACUCGCGGAUGAAGAAUUGAGCGGCUAAAAUGAAAUAGAAGGCGACAAUAUUCGGCAGAAGACAUCUAGAAAACGAAAAUCGAAGGAAGACAGCAUAUCUUAUAAAUAUUAUACCUUAUACUUUAUUCUAUUACACAUUCUUUUUAUAAAAAAAAUUGGUAAAAUACUCUGACGAAAAUAACGCCAAAAUUUUACGUUCGCCUAUUUACAGAAAUAUUCAUUCGUUGUAACAAUGUGUAAACUCGUAUAUCAAAUACAAUUACACCUUUCAACUUGCGUUCUAUUAUGUACAAUUAAAUAUAAAAUGUUAACAGGCAUCAAUCUGUAAAAGAGAGGCGUGGAAAUCUUUGCUAUCCAAAAUAGAGAAUAUAUUUUUUAGGUAAAUCGAAAUAUGUUAAAUAUAAUCGGCCUCCUCUUUUACACGUUGAUAUGCGAAGUCUUAUAGUUCUGUCGUUUGCGCAACAAUCGUGUUUCAGCAUUCCAGUUAUAAAUAAGUUCUUUGAAACCCACUGUUUAAUAAGAUAAUACUUUGUUCAUGUUAAUUUGUAUCCUAACUCGC